CGACGGCAGCGGCAAAUAUUAACAGUACGAUUGCUGCAGUGGUGUUGCCGCGUAUAGUCGUACCGUGUCCGCGUCGCCGUCGUGUCGUACCGUCGUUACACAGUUCGUCUGGACCGCCGUCACUUUGCCGAUCGUGUUUUUCUCGCGUCCUCGCGGUAUAAAUUAAUAACCGUUCGGCUUAAUAAUAUAAUUUUAUAGGUGAGAACUCUAUUACGUAUUCGUCUACACCGCGUGUCGACAAGUGGUUUUUUCGCGGACAUUUGCCGCACCGUGCCAUGAAAACGGCGGCGGGCGCCACACAGUCAUUGUCCGAGUCAUAGUCGUUGUCUGCAGCAGAAGUAUGUUGAAGUUGUUGGGCGACCUCAGGGGGUUCAUCAAGCGGCCGCCGGUGAUCGCCGACGGCUCCGUGUUCCGCGUGCACGUCAUCUUCACCACGGUCGUGCUGUUCACCUGUUCCAUAUUGGUGACGGCCACGCAGUACGUGGGCAACCCGAUACAGUGCAUCGUGGAAGGGCUGCCCACCAAGCCGGUGAACACGUACUGUUGGAUAACGUCCACGUUCACCAUGCCGGACGCUUUUCUACGGGAACAGGGCGUCAACUCCGCGCAUCCCGGCGUCGGGCCCGAGACCCCGGGCGAACCGCGAAAGUACUACACGUACUACCAGUGGGUGUGCUUCGCGCUGUUCUUACAGGCCAUACUGUGCUACUUUCCCAAGUGGUUGUGGGACUUGCAGGAAGACGGACUGAUGAGCACGCUGGUCAUGGGCCUGCACUUCGGGCUGGGUGCUGACAAGGAGAAGGAAAAACAAAAGAAGAUACUCGUCCACUACAUGUUGACACACAUCAGGGUGAGUGGUUACCGGUUAUAACCGUCGCGGUUAUGGUUUGGUUUCUGCGGGAGAUACCUCAGACACGGUCUCGCGGGUAUAUCCGAAUCGAACGGCCGUUCGGAAUAUAAUAACUAUAAUAUUAGGAGAUACUCGUGUGUUGUCGUGUGACAAAUCGCAUUAAAACUCACCGUAAUAAAAUUUAAUCAACAAUUGGCGUAACCCGGAGGAGGUACGCCAGAUCACAGCUCUCUAGCGAGUUUUUCAACAAAAUUUGUUCGUGUACAUUAUAGCAACGUGCGGUUAGGGUUGCCUAACCUGGUUAGGUAUCAAUAUGGUAUUGUUUUAAGGGUUUUUUUUUUUAAUUUUUAUUUUAAUGAGAAAGCGAUACAUUGUAAUGUUAGAUUAUAACAACUAUCACUCCCGUCCAAAGGAAAUCUCCUGGCUACGCCGUCGUGUAGAAUGCGGAAAGAAAAAAAAAACACAUUUUCAUAAAUACCUUCAUACACACCGGUCCGUCGCGACGAGGGUGCGUUCUAACUUACAGUAAUGUAAAUACGGUGUUCAUAUUUUAUAUUCAUAUUUGACGACCGAUAUAUGGCCACCAAAACGGCAAUGUGUUUUUUGUAUGGUCACGGUGUACAAAAGUACUAAUCUCAUGAACCCCGGAAAUUUUCUCGAUUUCGGACGUUUUAUAACGACAAAAAUUAUUUUUGAAAAAGUCGCAGAGUGCACAUGCUUGUAAUAUAACUUAUAAUCACCGUUAAUAGUAAAAGUAUAUUGUUAUAAGUUUCGACCGUUUCAAGUCAAGUCCCGGUCCGAUGACGCGAUAAUUAAUAAUGCGACUGUCGCGAUCGUAACUAUCACAUUAUAUAGCGCUUGAUAGUAUAAAAAAUGAAUUCCGAUAGUAUGAUACGGCUUUGACCGUAAUGUCGGCCCCGCGAUAGUAAUUGCAUCGACUGUCACGGGCGCGCACGACAGUGUGACAGUCGUUUUCGCGAUAGUCACUAUCACUCUGUUCGCUCGACGAAAGUUCAACGUAACACCUAUCGCGGUUGCGAAUUUCGAGACUAUCACGAUAGCGACUAUACGCGUCGUCGUCGUGUGUACCGGCGUUUUCAUUUACAAGAAAAUAACCAGUGUUAUUAAUACGAUGACGUUCACGUCGCGGUGAACCGUUUUAGAUUUUAACGCGAAAAAAUUGACGUCGGUAAAAAUUGAUUAACAUGGCCCGACAGUUCAAUUUUUUUUUUUUUUUUUUUUUUUUAUCGCGGCUAACGAUUAGCGCGCUACAAUAGAACAUAUUAUAUUUUUCGUUUUAUUAUAUUAUAACUUGGGUGCCUACUACAAUAACAAUUAAUAACAACAAUAAUUAUUAUCAUAAUCGAUGUUUGAACAAUAAUAUUUUGGGAUGUUUGAUUCGUCGAACAAUAGAAUAUUGUUCGUAUUUAUUCUAUUUACUACAAUAGUUGGGUAUUUGUCAUACCCAUAAGAACAAGUCAAGACUGGCGGUGUGUGCAGUUCUACUCGCACGUGAUGAAAUCAUUCGAAUGGAAAUGAUCAUUAUUGACACGGUGUCGGUAAGCUUUUGUGUAAUAACCGUUUAUUCGUUUCGAAAACACGCGUUUCGUUUGAUCGUCAUUUUGUGAAUAGGUACCUACUUUAUUGUAUUAAUGUAUUACAUGGAAAUACGUUAUAAAUUAUAAUAAUUGUUAAAUCCGUCGCAAAGGUCCACAGUCCAAUUAUUGAUAGCGUGCCGGGUGAUGUCCAGAUAAUAUUAACAAAAACUAUAUCAUUAUGUGUACAGAGUGUCCUACAGUGUAAUCCAUAUACCAAUAACUCUGUCAACAUUAUUUUUUUUUUUCAAUCGGGAUUUGUACGAGGGAGUUACGUGUAUUGAGAAAAAUUAAAUUUUUAUUUUCAUCCCUUAACCACUGAAAAAAAUAACUUUUCCUUCUCAUUUUUCAAAAUUUUAAAAAUAGUCAUUUUGUAAAAUAUAUUAUUCUAAAACUGUUGCAAGGAAUAUUUAUUCAUAUCCGAUCAAUAGUUUCUUAUUAGUAAUAGGAGUUUUAAUUUCUAAAAAAUUAGCUUGAAAACAGUUAAUAUUCAAUAAAAAAAUAAGAAAUUAUCGAGCUGAUUGUGAUUCCUAAUCAAGUAACAUGUUAUUUUGUAAAAGUUAUUUAUUUUUUUUCAAUAAUUAAGCAGUGAAAAUAAAAAUUUAAUUUCGCUCUGAAAACGUGUCCCCUUCGCAAUCUUGCACGAAACCCGAUUGAAAAAAAAAAUGAAUAUUGACAGAAUUAUUAGUAAAUGGAUACUAUUGUAGAACACCCUGUAUAACUUAUAUACAGAUGUCCCCCACUUUCUCUUCCAAUCACUAUGAAAUUUUACAUUUUUUAACUAGUUACCUAUAUUACAUUUGUUUAGAAUAUUAUUAUGUAAUACGAUUAAGAAACAUUUUUACAAAGGUUUUGAAAAUUAAAUAAUUUAUGUACUGAAAUCGGCUGUAACAUAAAAUUCGAAAAACCCAGCAGUAUAUAAUAUAUAGAGUGAUUAAUUUAUCGUAAGAAAAACAUUAUUUUUAAAUGUAUUAACUUUUUCCGGAAUUUGUUUUAGUAAACAUUUUAGAAACAAUCAGUUCUACAAUUUCAUAUCUAUGUUAUAUUUUGUCACCCUUAGUUUUGGGAGUAAAACCACUACCUACUUUUGAUUUUAAAAUGACAACCUACAUUAAAACUUAUAUGUAAUAUGUAUUAGAUUUAUUAGUUAAAAUAAAUUUUGAUGUUGACAUUUUUGUUUUCCGUCAAUCCGUUGACGAGACAUUGCACUUCUAAGUUUAGGUCGGGUGACAGUAAUGAAACAUUUUUAAUUGUGUGGUUGUUCGGCGCGCGGCGUUUUUAUAUAAAGCACCACUACAUCAAAAUUUAUUUUAACUAAUGCUACAUCUAUUUAUGGAAUUUUUAGUAUAAUUUACUAAUUAAAAAUCAAAAAUCAAAAGUUUACUGAAAAUACGAAAAUUGUAGAGCUGCUUGUUUCUUUAACUAUUCUAUCAAACAAAUUCCGAUAAAAGUCAAUACGUUUCGAGAUGAUGAGUGUCUUACGAUAGAUUGAUCACCCUGUAUAAGAUCCCAAUACCCGAACAAGCCAUUGGUCUUAUAGUUUUUGGCGCCCAAACAUUUCAUGAUACUUUUAUAUCUUUGGUGCUAUGAUCAGGAUCACUACUGCCCGAAAGUUGUUCGUUUAAAUCAAUUAUAUUAUUAUAAAACAGUAUUCCCAUUUUCGAUCAAACUAAAUACAAUCGAGUGAUUUCAAUUUUUGCCAAUUAUAUCACGGACUUGUAGCCAGUAACCACAAAGAUUUGGAGUAAAUUCGAUUUUGGUUUCACAUAGUUUUUAAAUCGUUAAAUCGAUCUUUAUAUUUAACACAUGUUUUCAAAAUGCCACAUUCUUUUUUCGUAUACCUAUGUCCUAUAUCAAAAACGUACAAUAUUACUAUGGACGUUUGAUUUUUAAACAGCGACCAUAAACAUAUUUUUUGAACCCAUGUCCCAAAAGAGAGAUACACGGGUACCGGUUAUUACCAGCUCUAUAGUACUCGUAUACUAUCGGAUCAUUUAACCUUUAUGCGUUAUAAUAAACAGACCGGAUAUUUAGACCGGGGGAGAUUAACGAGAUUUGGUAUCGUUAAAAAUGUAAUAACAUCCGUGUGUUCAGAUAACCCAGCGGUUUUAUAGAUUGUAAACGGCGGGUCGCUACAUGGAUAUUAAAAAAUCCAUAGUCGAUAAUGAGAUUACUAUUCGCGGGCCUAAAACCACAAUAAGUCACUUUAUCUAUAUUUUUUUUGUUUCGAAUUUCACUUUGUUUUAUUUAUAUUACAAGCAAUACGGGAUGAGUCUUUUUAAGGUUGUACAAUUAAGUUGAUAGCGUUAAUAGUUACCGAGAUAUCCAGAUUCCAUAACCCUAUUAGGUUCUAGGUUCUAUACAUAUAAGGACAAAUAUUUCGUGACGACUUAACAUGCCAGAAUAUUAAUUGACAUUGAUCGUGUAUACUGCUUAUACGAGUAGUAUUCACUUUCUACGAACUUGAUUUGGAGGGGGGUUGAUUUUCAGUGAGUUUAAGUCCCUUUAGCAAGACUAUAACUCCUUUUUAAGCCCGUGACACGCGGAAUGAGAGUACGAUUUUUGAAGUUAAUAUAAAUUCAAGCUGAACAUUGAAAAAAAAGGGGUUUUUAUUUAGUAUUUUAUUACGCGUCUGAACAAAUUGAAUUUACUCAGAAUACUUCGCAAACAAUCAUACUGAUUCAAGAUAAAACUAUCGCCCCGUCUAAUAAAAACAAAAUAAUAUGCAGUUACGCAUUAAUUACGAUAAUAUUGUAUUUCAGCCUCACGUGUGAAAUAAAAUUAUAAUAACAAUGCGUUUUUCAAUUUAUUCGGAGAAACGGGUCAGCGCGCCGCGGCGUGUUAAUAUUAACUUUUUUUUUUUUAGCUUUUUAUCUGGAGUUUUUUUUUUUAAAUUACACUCUUUUUUACUUGGCACAUUAUUGCUUAUAUGCGUUAUUAAUUUGAUAGUGUUUUUAUAUGCAAAUUUUGUAAACACAUUUUUCACAAUUUUACAAAUUAAAAUUAAAAUAUCCAUGCCUACAACGAUAAUAAUAGUUUAUGAUUAUAUUCGAUAGGUUUUCUUCAAAUAAUAACACGAAACGUUUAAACUGCACUCUUUUUUUUUUUUUAUUGAGAUCGAGGAACCGAAAUACACAUUUUGAGACAAUUAUUACAAAAAUGUUAACGCCGCGCUCGUGCAUGCACAAUAAAACGUAAGUUUUCUUUAACGGAAAUCUCGGUUUUUAAUACCAGAUUUGUGUAGUCCUAAUUUUUUUUUCUCCAUGCAAAUUCGAAUAGUCCAAUUUUGUUCCAACGACUUCUCAAAAAUCACCUGAUCUAAUUGUCUAUUAAAAAAAAAUAUAUAUUUUCAAAAAAUUGUAUAUGUUUUUAUGUCCAAUUGUUUUUAAUAAUAUUGAGUUGUAAUUUUUUCAAACAACCUCAAUAUUGCAGACUAAUUUCUUCGUUUAUUAAGCCAUACCAUUUUCAAUUCCUUUAAAAAUAGAGAAAACAAGUCAAAUUUUCUAAUGGCCUUAUCUCAGGCAGUUUUUGAGAUAGAAAAACAAAUGUAUAAAUAAAUAGUUAAUUUGAAAAAAUAGGUUUAUUCUAAUCUGGUGUUAAAAAUAGGUGUUUCCGUUUAAAGUGCAUUUGUGCAUUUGUUUUUUCUGCCCUUCCCACACGCAUAUAAGGAACAUUAUAUAAUCAUGUGGAAAUUUCACGAUUGCGACACUCCGGUUGAAUUUAGGAAAAACGAACCUAUUAUAUAUUUUAUAUAGAAGAUAAUUUACUAUGGAUCCUGCGAAUAUAUUUUAAAUUAUUUUAACCUUUAUCGACGUAUGCAUGUUGUAAUUUCAAUAAGUUGAUUACUAGAUCAUAACGUAAGAUCAGUAUGUAAAUAUUCUUCUUUGUGGAAUAAGCCCAUUUACCUUUAACUAAAUUAGAAAGUCGAAAUUGUGGAAAUUCGAAAUACCUUUAUUGUUGUAAUAUAAUACGUGUGAGACAUACGGAGAAAACAAACGUUAGUGACGAGGCCCUAUAAGAAAAUAUAAGCUUCAUUGAUCAUGCGCGCACCAAAUUGACGCACAAAAUUGACUCAAAAUGGGUAUUUUGGAAUGGUUAAAAAAAAAAAAAACAAAUAAAAAGAUAUCAAUUUCUGUCUAAUUACUCUAAUCCCGGUUAAAAUAGUUCUCGUUACCGUUUGAGUGAUAACAGUAUAGUAUACAAAACGAUUAUUUUUAAGACGAACUCUAACCUUUAAGCAAAGUAAAUUCAAUAAUUUGAAUAUGUAAACAUAUUGUUUGAAAACACCGUACUGUAUUAACGUUUUUGUAUAGGUACUUGCCUAUGCGCUACUCGUUCACAUAAUUAUAAUUUUCCCUACUCCCUAUUUAGUUAUUCAACUAUAAUACGUCGAAGCAAUACGAGGACGUUAUAAAUGCUAUAUUGCAGGUAAUAUAUUAGUUAAUACGAUUGUCUGGAUACACUUAUUGUUUAACGUAAUACUAUUAUAAUUAUAUAUGAACUAUAGGUACACACCGACGGUAUAAUAAUAAUUACCUAUCGACAAAAAUCGUGAAAAUAGAAAAAGUAUACGACAUGCAAUUUUGGUACUCGUUCAUACGAUAACGUUAAUAUUCGAAACGCGUAAACCUCGUUAUAACCCGUACUUAUUCCAUAGUGUUCGUAUGAAAUAUUAUCAUGAUAUAUAGUAGUAUACUAAAUUACUAAUGAUCUCGUAUUCUUAUUGAAAUUUAAGAGAGUACAAAAAUUCUAGUUUUAGGUUUCUAAACAUAAGUUUAGAACACCUUGUAUCCCCGUUGUGACCGUCCGUCCGUCAGUAGUCCGUACACAAUACAUAGUUCCGGUUGUAGAUUUGGGCGUCCGGCAAUUGGGCCACAAUAAACCUUUUUUUUAAUAAAGUAUACGGUAAAUGGGCCACUAAAAUUGUACAUUUAUAGCAGGUAGACUAGGUGAUUGGGCCACUAUAUUUUAAUAAAUUUUAGAUUUGACAAAAGGAAAACCACUAUUUAACAUCACUAUUUCAAACUAUUUUUAACUAUAUUAUUAUUUUUUCUACGAUUACAAAUUUAAAUUUCUUAUGUACGUUAAAAUCGAUGUAUGUUAACGGCACUUUUGAAUACUGUGCAAAGCAAUCUCUAUCACAUUAUUAAAAAAAAAAAAAAAUGAAUAAUUAUUUGACUAAUUUUAUAUUAGGUAAAUAUUUUAAUAUAUAUAAAAUUAUAUAUUUUUGCGUUAUACAUUUGUGGCUCAAUUCCCGACCGCCCGUAGAUUUGGUUAACAAGGAGAUAUAUAUUAUUCGUAAAGUUUUUUUUCAUUAUUAUUUUAAAUACGAGUUGGUAUUAAAUAUAAACCCAUGCUAGCCAGUAUUAAAAAUAGGUACCAAAAUAUAAACUCUUUAAGAAUAUUUUUAAAAUUAUCGUAUCACCUAUAUUCACUGAUUAGGAUAUUAAAUUUUAUUUAGGUUUCUGCAAAAUAUUUUUAGUUUCGGAGGAAAAAAAGCUUUUUUUUAAAAAAAAUAUUUUGCCUUGUAUAUUUGUUUCCUUUAUUUUUUGGUUUAGAUUGUACAAGUGUAUGUAUAAGUCCAUGGAUUUUCCAAACUUAAUUUGCUUGUAUUUUAGAAAACUAUACAACAUUUACUUAAGCCUUUCUUCUCUGGGACUAAAGAUAUAAUGGAUCAUCAAAUUUGUUCAAAACUGUAUACAUAGAAUUAUAGUCAUUUAUUGUUUAAAAACUCAGAACUUUACAAAUUUGUUUUUAUAAAUUAUUUUUGUAAAACUAUAUACUGCCUAGUAUACAUACAGACUACAGUGUUUAGUAGUAUAUUUUAUAAUAUUAUAUCAAAUUAUAAUUAUGUUUAUACGUUAUAUAAAACUAGUUAUAUUCUGUUCUUGAUAAAACUUUAUAGCUAGCUUAAUAUUCAAAUCAAGUGGAAAGUGGCUGUCUACUUUUUACCUCGAAAGUCGAAAUUUAACAUCUAAAUAGUAGCUGACACAGGAUUUUCGGAACCUAAAUUUUGUUGAUUUAUAAGUUACCGAGGCGAAAAAAAAAACAGUAAUAUUAUUGUGUAGUUAGAUUAUUUUAGACGAGGAAAUACCAUUUUUAAAAGGUAAAUUACCUGGCAACAACAACUAACUAUACGAUAGUAAUUUAUAAUUUUAAUUUCUUUUAUUGAUUUCUGUUUUUGAAAGGGUAAAAACAGAAAAUACAGGGUUAUUUAGUUAGUGUAUAAUAUUGUAAAAAAUUACUAACCUUCAAAAAUGAAUACAUUUUUUUCGUCAAUUGUUCGUUUAACCUUUACUCGUAUGUACAUUUUAAUUGUGUUCAUCUGUAAAUGUAUAUACGUACCGUAUAAUGUCGGUGAUAAGAAAUAAUUACAUGUAGGUAUCACACAGUAAUCAAAAAUCACAUUUAAAUAUCUAUACAAGUUUAUUUCACGUACGAUAUUUUAAGUAGGUACUGCUGGUAUUGAAAAUUUUAUAGGCGUAUUUAAUCAUAUUAAAUUAACAAUAAAUUAACUCGGAAACUUGUAUAGAUUUUUGAAAAGUCGUUAUAAUAUAAUAUCGUGAAAAUAUGUUGCCCAUUUAAUGGAAUCUUUUAAAAAUGUUUACAUGUUAAGUCUUUAUGUUAACUGCAGUUCGUAUAGCCUGCGGAUAAUGACCAUUUUAAUAACAUACGAGUAUCGACAAUAAUUUGUAUGUAUACGAAGUGGACGUCCUCACUUCACAAAAAUAUCCCGAAAGUAACUUAUGCGAAUAUAAUUUAUACUCAAUGUAAUACAAUAAUUAUAUUAUGGUUAUAAUGUUAUUUCACUCGUAUUGACAUUAAUGCAUGUACGCGGUUAUAUUCUUAAACUAUUGUUAAAACUAUCAAAAAUAAAAUCGUACUGUUCUUAUCACUAAUUGUAUUGUUAGACGUUAAUAGUUAACUAUUAACUAAUUCAAUAAUUACAUUAAGAUUUAAGAGGACACAUAUUGUCAUAUCCCCGUCUAACAGACGCCACCGCGUUUAUUUUCCGUUCAGCAGAACCAAUUUUAUGCUAAUAGUUUUAAUGUUAGAGUAAAUUGACCAGUUAUCAAACUUUAUGAUAAGAUUUUUUUGUCUGUAUGUCAAUUUUUUUUUUCGAUAUUUUACAUACCCAAAUUUCACUUUAAAAUUGAAACAUUGAACAAAAUCUAUGCAUAAUUAUCUUACCUUUAAGGUUGAUAAUGUUAUUACAUGACUUCUCGUGUGAACAUUUAUCCCAGAGCUCAACGGGGUUCGUCUGCAUAUCGAAAUAUUUGAAUAAACAAAAAUCCUUAGGUAAUAACAGACACGCGACGAGUAUAUUUUCCCAAAAUAGUUCGUUUUUCCAAUAUUACAUUUCCAAACACAAAAAAAUGUUCGUUUUUAUAAAAUGUAUAGGUACCCAACAUUAAAUCUAUCUAUAUUAUCUUCUCGUAUGCAAUCGUUGAUUGGUUUGCUGUUGUUUUAUAAAACAAAAUCAAGAAUAUUAGAUAUGAAAAUAGUGAAAUUGAAAACAAUCGAUAGGAAAAACUGCCAUACAUUCAUUGAAUCAUGGUGACGUGAGACACAAAUGUCGAUAAGAUAGUCGAUUUAGGAAUAUAAGACCUAUAUUUUUAAUAGGUACCUAUAUUUUUAAUUGUCCCCGAUAAUAUUUUCACCCUUUGUUUUGUACAAAUCGAAAAGCGUUAUUGAUUUAAUUUUUUUUUUCCAGCAACACAGCUGGUACGCUGCCAAAUAUUGGAUGUGCGAGUUCUUGUGUUUGGUCAACAUCCUAGUACAGAUAUACUGGAUGAACUUGUUUUUCGACGGGGAGUUCAUCACGUACGGCCUCCGUGUGAUCGGCAUGUCCACCGAGCAUCAAGACGACCGGAUCGACCCGAUGGUCUACAUAUUUCCCAGGGUGACUAAAUGCACGUUCCGCAAGUUCGGGCCGUCCGGGACCAUCCAGACACACGAUUCGCUAUGCGUGCUGCCGUUAAACAUCGUCAACGAGAAGACCUACAUAUUAAUAUGGUUUUGGUAUUUGUUAUUGUUGGUCGCACUGUUAUUCAUGUUCGGUUACAGGUACGAAUGCGUCGUUUUGAAGGCCAAAAAAAAAAAAAUCAAAUCCGCCUAUUUCAGAAACCCCUAAAGGCCAAAUAAAAAAAAAACACAAAAGUCGACUGUGUCGCAUUCAAUUGUUAGUUUCUCCAAACUAGCAGUUUACAACGGAACUCCCAUCGAGAACUAUGGAAUGACCAUAAAAUCUCUUGCCUGUUUCCCGUGCCCUUGAAAUUUUUAUUCGCCACAAAAAAACCCACUUAGCACCGUCGUACAAAUGUGUUUUUUUUUUAUUAUUAUUGACUAACUCAAUCAUCUCAUCUAUUUUUAGGAGGAUUUGAAAUAAACGAUUCAUGUCCUUAUAGUUAAAGUUUUUUGAAGGUACAAGAAUCUGUUUCGCCUCAAUUUCCACAAUCCAAACCAUUAAAACGAAUUUGACCGUUAUUAUACAGUAUAUAUUUGAAAAUAAAUUCUGAAUAAAAUGUAUAGAGCUCAGAAUUUGAUGAUAAUAUUACGUGGUUGUAGUUUUUUUUAGUAAUUCCGGUCGUUUAUCUCGGCAACUUAAAAUAGCCCGUUUAAAUGAAUAAUAUGUGUUGAAUUCUCAAAUGUAAAAGUAAAGUCUUUUCUAAAAAAUAAAAAUAAAAUUCAACAUCGUUGAACAAACCUAUAAUAUAAUAGCUCUUGCGCACCGUUCAAAAUUCUAAAUUAUUCAUUAUUACAAUACAGUAUUUAAAGAAACGAAACAUGAAUCAAAUCGAAAUAAACUAUGCAUUUUUGUGGAUUUUAAGUUUAAAACGUUAAAUUUACAACAAACCUAACUGGUUUACCGAGAACCGAGAUCCAAUCAGAUUGUUUUUUUAUUGUAAUGAUUCAUCGUUGCAUUCGGAAUAUUAUAAAUUUAAUUACCUUAUGAUAUCGUGUGGUAUAGUGGUAUAUCCUAAACCUUUUAAACUCCACCACAGCAACAGUGAAACCUACUGUCCGGCUUUUCCAUUCUAUAAAUGUCAUAAUUAUUAUUGUUGAACUUAAAGCAAUGUAUCAUUAUUUUAAUUAACUACUUAUAAAAAGGACAACUAAGUAAAAAAUAACUACAAUCAACUUAUAAUGUAUCUUAUGUUAAAUUUUCAAGCAUACCCGGAGCUUUGGAGAUAGGUAUAAACAAAAAACGAACAGUCGGAACUACAUAAUAUCACGAUUUUCACAGUACAAAAAUAAUCAGCAAGGGCAUGGGUCAAAGGGUAAUUAGGGGUUAACCUCUCUCAUUUUUAUAACUCCAAAUUCACUACGAUAUUAUAAAUAGUUGAUAGCCAGUACCCUCUCCCCAUCAUAUAUAAUCUAGUCCUACGCCUUUGAACCUUGGAUUUCCUAUAGACACCUAUACACAAUCGGCCGUUAGAUUUAUAUUAUUGUUAUACUAUUUUGUAGGUUACUGAUUUUGUACAACAAGACCGUGAGGAAGAACGCGUUGCGGUACCGCCACUAUAGGUUGAUAACUGACGACGUUGCCAGAGCGGUGACGAACAAACUGUCGAUAGGCGAUUGGUGGGUACUGUACAUGUUGGGCAAAAAUCUGGACCCAAUGAUAUACAGAGAAGUGGUGCGUGAAAUCGCAAAAAAAGCAAACAACUGACACGGAACAUUCGGCCCCGGUGGUGAUGAUGGUAGACCGAUUGGACCGACUGCAUCAACGAAAUUCGUCGCCGUCUCCGCAUCCGAAAAGAUUGGCCCCGAUUUUUAUUCAUCUACCUACCGAAUGUUUACAAAAUCAUCUUUAUUUUUUCAAUCAUAAAAAUGCUAAAAUUUAUUAUAAUCCAUUAAGUUACUAUACAAAAAUAUUAUUGCAUAAUAUUUAUAUUUAUUUAUAUCGAAUUUUAAGAUUCAUAUUGGUAAAAAAAAAUCAUAUUUUUAUUAAAAAACGAUUUUUUUUUUUCUACUUAUUUAUUAUUAAUUUUCGAAAAAUAAUUAUUAUAACAGCAUGGCAUAAUAUUGUUAUUAUUAUAUAAAAAUAUUUUAUCAUUGCUACACAAUAAUAUGUUGUUUUAUCGGAAUAAUGUAAGAAUAAUAAUCAUCUUUGUACGCGAGUGAUAUUAAAGUAAAAACUUUU